CCACCCCCCCCAGUGAAGAAGUGUUUCACGCCGAGAUAGAAUCUCUUACAGAGGAAACUGGUCCGCACUGAGACAUCUUACAGAGGAAACUGGUCCGCACUGAGACAUCUUACAGAGGAAACGUCAGCACAAAAACUGAAUAUUUUACUAAAUAUUGGAACAUGUCUCUGUGGAGAAGUAAACCAUUUCCCUGAGGAAACUGUGAUGAACCAACACAUCUCUCACCGAAGACAGAGUUUAGUCCCAGUGAGCUCGGAAGUGUCAGGUUGUCUGGUCCCAAGACGACAUGAAACCUAGUUUGGAUUUGGCUUUGUGGAUUGGAGGAAUGGAGAACUGUAAAGGCAUCGAGGGAAGAGGUUUCUAGUGGAGGACAACGUGAACCGGCUGAUAAUUCAUCAACACCAGUCUACAGAGAAACAAUGUCUAAUAACCAGGUUUCUCAUUGCCAUAAUCAGUCAUCAGUGAAAAGACAGUGGACUGAAGAUAAAAGCGUGGAUUCGGGAGAGUGAAAAUCUGUAGUUUUGGACAGGAAUGAAAGUCACCUGUUUAGAUAUUAUAUUGUAAAAGUUGCUACUUUGCAUGUCAGAUUCAGGAGAAUGGAAGUCACUAGUUUGGACUUGGCAUUCAGGAUCCAGGGUUGCUAGUUUGGAUUUCAUGUUCAUAGAGUAAAAGUUGUACAAUGGGAGGAAAGGCUUCACACUCUUCAAGGACAUAAAUACGUCUUUCAUUCUUCAUGUAUUGAUUUACAUUUAGCAACAUGCAAGCGUGACGUGAGGUUCAAGCCUGCAAGCAAGUGUUUAGGGUAAGGUGUUAAGGUAAUGUUAAGACAUGCUAGUGAGUGGGUAAGGUAAGGUUAGCUAUAGGGUUUAUAGCAGGGGGUCAAGGUGAGGUAUAGGUUAAGGUUCACUACAAAACAACAAGAAAAAGUCCUGGAUUCAAAGUCCUGUUUAUUACGCCACCCCCCCCAUCCCGUUUCCACUAACAGGCUGGAACAUCAGAACGCUUUGAGAUGUUUGAAUGCACAGAUACAGCUGGGCAUUGAGAGCUCCUGAGACCUCCCAAGCACUGGGUUUACCGACUCAACCAUCAGUUAACCAGACCAGUUAACCAGACCAGUUAACCUGACUAGUUAACCUGACUAGUUAACCUGACUAGUUAACCUGACCAGCAAACAUCGGAGGAAGAGCGAGCGGUCAGGCUUCAAGGGGACGAUAUGAUGUGGUGUGGGUUCGUUAAGAGGAGUGUGAGGUGGACCGCUCGGCCUAGACAGAGGAGAGGGAGUAUGUUUGUGACGCAGGUGGUUCUGAUGUGUCUGACCAUCCUGUCCUCCUGUCUGCCCAUCUGGGCUGAAGACCAGGUCGUCUUCGACCGCCAUGCUGUCUACUGGAACAGUACGAACCCCAGGUUCCACCAUGACUACAGGGUUGCGGUCAGCAUUAAUGACUACCUGGACAUCUACUGUCCGUUCUACACCAACGGCCCCCCGGCUCAUGGACGAAUGGAGCGUUACAUCCUGUUCAUGGUCAACCACGAGGGGUACACUUCCUGCCAACACAGGAUGAGGGGGUUCAAGCGCUGGGAGUGCAACCGCCCCGCUGGCAAUGACGGGCCGCUGCGCUUCUCCGAAAAGUUCCAGCUGUUCACGCCGUUCUCCCUGGGCUUUGAGUUCAGGCCAGGGCAUGAAUAUUACUAUAUAUCGUCUCCUCAUCCCAAUCACGUAGGGAGGCCGUGUCUGAGGUUGAAAGUGUAUGUCAGACCCCCGGGCGGGUCAGGGUUUGACUCUCCAGAGCCUUUUCUGACUGAUGGUGCACCAGCCUGGAGGUCAGAGUUCCUGCUAAAGCUGCUCCUUCUACCCAGCCUGGCCUCACUGCUGCUGGGCUUGUUUUCAUCGCUGUGACCCCGCCACCAGUGGCGUAGACCUAGACAGUCUUAUCUGGUGGACUGCCUUGCUGGUUGUCUCUCAAACCCCCCACACUCUCAGGGAGGAACUCUCAGUACUGGACUUAAAAACACUGUGGGUCCCCAGGACAAGCAUUUACAGCCCCCAGGCUGAUUCAUUGAUGAAGAGCCCCUGGUCUAAACUUAAACCUAAUCUCUCUGGGGGGGUCUGAAUGAACAUUGGUGGGGGGUAGUUGGCUGUACACAGGUGCAUAACCAGUGUGAAUGUGGACUGACUGAACCGAUUCUGUUUUUGUCUAGUUUAUUUAACUGAACAUGGGUCCAUGGAUACGCUAUCAUGGUUAUGUUUUGUCAUUGUGGAUAAAUUAAUAGUUAGUAUUCCAAAGUGCAAAGUCUGAUAUUACACUAAAGCAUUUGAUGGACUGAGAAAUGACUGAACAGUUCACUGUUGAAACCACUUCGACCUACAGAGAGAAGAUGAGGAUGAGAGAAACUGUGCGAUGGAAAAACAAAACAAAGAUAGGAGAAUCUGGAGAGUAUCUGGGGACUGAGAUUUCUUCAAUGUUGGGACUUGAACAUGUUGAGAAAUCACUGUGAUUACACACACAUGCACACACACACAUGCCAAACAUGCACAUACACACCUACACACAUGAACAAACAAGAACACUGACACGUUUCUAUACUGUUUCAUCUUAUUUUUGUUCUGUUUAAAAGCAUAAUCAUACGUGACAGCCAAGACGGUUCUUAGCCGGAGAACGAGUGGCAGUUGAUAAUGAUUGCAUUUUUCUGUUCCUCUGACGCUGUCUUAGUGUGUAUUAUCUGCCUGUAGUUGUUUCUAUCAUGUGCAGCAUUUACGGUAAGGCGAUCUCUGCCCUGGUUUAAUGUACAAACGUUUUUUCUUCACUUCUUUAAUCUCAUCAGUUUGUCUCCUGUUUUGUUGGUUUUGUCAAGAUGAUGAGAGACAGGAGAAAAUCACACCA